GAGAGGACGGCCUAUUAGAGCCUUUGCCCGGCUGUCAGUGACUCAGUGUUCGCGGGAACGCAGCCUCAGCUUCGACACCAGCCAACCCAGAUCCCGAGGUGCGCCAGCGCCCAGCCCAGAUCUCCACGCCUGCCAGGAGCGAGCUUAGAGCCAGUCGCCGGCUCGCUGUGCCCCCGAGCAGCCUUCUGUCCUUCUGUCCAAGUCCCGCGCCCUUCUCGGGACCCCCUGCCCAGUGGGCAGCACUGCCACCCUGCCGGCCAUGGAGACCCCGUCGCAGCGGCGCGCCACCCGCAGUGGGGCGCAGGCCAGCUCUACUCCGCUGUCGCCCACCCGGAUCACCCGACUGCAGGAGAAGGAGGACCUGCAGGAGCUAAAUGACCGUCUGGCGGUGUACAUCGAUCGCGUGCGCUCCCUGGAGACGGAGAACGCGGGGCUGCGCCUUCGCAUCACGGAGUCCGAGGAGGUGGUCAGCCGAGAGGUGUCCGGCAUCAAGGCGGCCUACGAGGCCGAGCUGGGGGAUGCCCGCAAGACCCUCGACUCGGUGGCCAAGGAGCGCGCCCGGCUGCAGCUGGAGCUGAGCAAAGUGCGGGAGGAGUUCAAGGAGCUGAAGGCUCGCAAUACCAAGAAGGAGGGAGACUUGCUGGCUGCCCAGGCCCGGCUCAAGGACCUGGAGGCUCUUCUCAACUCCAAGGAAGCCGCCCUGAGCACUGCUCUCAGUGAGAAGCGCACACUAGAGGGCGAGCUCCAUGAUCUGCGGGGGCAGGUAGCCAAGCUUGAGGCAGCCCUAGGUGAGGCUAAGAAGCAACUUCAGGAUGAGAUGCUGCGGCGAGUGGAUGCUGAGAACAGGCUGCAGACCCUGAAGGAGGAACUGGACUUCCAGAAGAACAUUUACAGUGAGGAGCUGCGUGAGACCAAGCGCAGGCACGAGACCCGGCUUGUGGAGAUCGAUAACGGGAAGCAGCGUGAGUUUGAGAGCCGGCUGGCGGAUGCCUUGCAAGAGCUGCGGGCCCAGCAUGAGGACCAGGUGGAACAGUAUAAGAAGGAGCUAGAGAAGACAUACUCUGCCAAGCUGGAUAAUGCCAGGCAGUCUGCCGAGAGAAACAGCAACCUCGUGGGGGCUGCCCAUGAGGAGCUCCAGCAGUCUCGCAUCCGCAUCGACAGCCUCUCGGCCCAGCUCAGCCAGCUCCAGAAGCAGUUGGCAGCCAAGGAGGCAAAGCUGCGUGACCUGGAGGACUCGCUGGCCCGGGAGCGGGAUACUAGCCGGCGGCUGCUGGCUGAAAAAGAGCGAGAGAUGGCCGAGAUGCGGGCGAGGAUGCAGCAGCAGCUGGAUGAGUACCAGGAACUGCUGGACAUCAAGCUGGCCCUGGACAUGGAGAUCCAUGCCUAUCGAAAGCUGCUGGAGGGCGAGGAGGAGAGGCUGCGCCUGUCCCCCAGCCCUACCUCGCAGCGCAGCCGCGGCCGCACCUCCUCUCACUCGUCCCAAUCGCAGGGCGGGGGCAGCGUCACCAAAAAGCGCAAGCUGGAGUCUGCCGAGAGCCGGAGCAGCUUCUCACAGCAUGCUCGCACUAGCGGGCGUGUGGCGGUGGAGGAAGUGGACGAGGAGGGAAAGUUUGUGCGCCUGCGCAACAAGUCCAACGAGGACCAGUCCAUGGGCAACUGGCAGAUCAAGCGUCAGAAUGGUGAUGAUCCCUUGAUGACCUAUCGCUUCCCACCAAAGUUCACUCUAAAGGCCGGGCAGGUGGUGACGAUCUGGGCUGCAGGCGCUGGGGCCACCCAUAGCCCCCCGACUGACUUGGUGUGGAAGGCGCAGAAUACCUGGGGCUGUGGGAAUAGUCUUCGCACCGCUCUCAUCAACUCCACUGGAGAAGAAGUGGCCAUGCGCAAGCUGGUGCGCUCCGUGACCGUGGUUGAGGACGAUGAGGACGAGGAUGGAGAUGAUCUGCUCCAUCACCACCACGGCUCCCACUGCAGCAGCUCGGGGGACCCCGCCGAGUACAACCUGCGCUCUCGCACCGUGCUGUGUGGGACUUGUGGGCAGCCUGCGGAAAAGGCCGCCAGUGGCUCAGGAGCCCAGGUGGGCGGAUCCAUCUCCUCUGGCUCUUCUGCCUCCAGUGUCACAGUCACCCGAAGCUACCGCAGUGUGGGGGGCAGUGGGGGUGGCAGCUUCGGGGACAGCCUAGUCACCCGCUCCUACCUCCUGGGCAGCUCCAGUCCCCGGACCCAGAGCUCCCAGAACUGCAGCAUCAUGUAAUCUGGGCCCUGCCAGGCAGGGGUGGGGUCAGGGGCCACCUGCUCCCUCCUCACCUCAUGCCCACCUCCUGCUCUGCACCUUAUGGGAGCAGGCCUGAAGCCAAAGAAAAAUUUAUUCCCUGCCUUUGGGUUUUUUUUUCUUCUAUUUUUUUUUUCUAAGAGAAGUUAUUUUCUACAGUGGUUUUAUACUGAAGGAAAAACACAACCAAAAAAAAAAAGUCUCUAUCUCAAUCCUAAGUCCUUCCCCUUCUUUCCCGUAUCUGCCUUAAAACCAAAGGGCUGCUUCUCCCAGGAGGCCAGCCAGGGAAAGGACUGCUUUUAUAGAGUCUAGUUUUUGUCCUGCUGCCUUGGCCUUGCGCUCAUCCCAGGACCCCGUGACAUGGUGCCUGAGAGGCAGGUGUGGAGUUCUCUUCACCAGCUUCCUCCAGACAGCUGGCCCAGUGCCGUGCCGGCUGCAGAGAAGCGGGGUGCAGAGGGGAUGGCCGAGAGGUCAGGCCCCUCCUGGGUCCACUACACUUGGCUGAGGCUCCUCUGCCUGCCUCACCCUCUUCCUGCCCCAUCCCCCGCAGCCUGGGGUCAGUGGGUUCUCCCAGGCCCCGCCCCUCCGCCAUGCUUGCUUUUUCUAUAUUUUAUUUAGACAAGGGAUGGAAAUGAGGUGGAAGGAGAAGGGGAGGUCAGUUGGAGCCCACCUUUCCCAGCUUUACAGCCUGGUGGGCCCUGUCCCGUCGCUGGAGGGCGAAACCAAGUGGGGUGUCGGGAAGAGUGAGAAAGGGAGGCUGCUGGAAAGGCUGAGGGCCUGCUGGGGCCCUGCCGCAGGGGAGUAGAGCGUGUGGUGAUUGAUGGGGACGGUAAACACUAAGGAGCCCUUCACCCCAUUUCCCAUCGGCACCUCUGCUCUCCCUCCAAAUCAAUACACUAGUUGUUUCCAUCCUG